CCACCCGGCGGGCGGCGGGCGGCGGCGGGGCGCGGGGACAAUACCGGGGCGGCGCGGCCGGGCCCGGCACGGCGCGGAGCGGACCCGUUCGGCCCCGAUCGGCCCCGUUCGGCCCGGAUCGGUUCAGCCCGGCCUGGAUCGGUUCAGCCCGGUUCAGCCCAGCCCGGUUUAUCCCGUUUCGGCUCGGUUGGUCCCGGUUGGUGCCGGUUGUUCCCGGUAGGGCCCGGCAGCAUGCUGGCCCUCUUCAACAAGCUCCUGGACUGGUUCCGGGCCCUGUUCUGGAAGGAGGAGAUGGAGCUCACCCUGGUGGGGCUGCAGUACUCGGGCAAGACCACCUUCGUCAACGUCAUCGCGUCCGGCCAGUUCAACGAAGACAUGAUCCCGACCGUGGGCUUCAACAUGAGGAAGAUCACCAAGGGCAACGUCACCAUCAAGCUCUGGGACAUUGGCGGCCAGCCCCGCUUUCGCAGCAUGUGGGAGCGGUACUGCCGUGGAGUCAGUGCCAUCGUGUACAUGGUGGAUGCCGCCGACCAGGAGAAGAUCGAGGCCUCCAAGAAUGAGCUUCACAACCUGCUGGACAAGCCGCAGCUCCAGGGCAUCCCGGUCCUAGUCCUGGGGAACAAGCGAGACCUCCCCGGUGCCUUGGAUGAGAAGGAGCUCAUCGAGAAGAUGAACCUCUCCGCCAUCCAGGACCGAGAGAUCUGCUGCUACUCCAUCUCCUGCAAAGAAAAGGACAACAUCGACAUCACCCUACAGUGGCUUAUCCAGCACUCGAAGUCCAGGAGAAGCUGAGAUCCCGCAGGCUGCAGCUCGGGUCGGGAAGAUGCCAUUGUACAAGCCCAUGUCCCCCCCUCUCCCCCCAUCCUUCUCCUGCUCUGUCCCUCCAGCUCUCUCUCUAGAUGGGUAUUUUUAGGGGACCCCAAACUCCGCUCGCCUUGAGGCGGAGCCCUUGUUUUUAUUGUAAAGAACAUGUCCGACUCUGCCCUCCUCUCUCUGUCUCUUCCUCCCGUUUUGGCACUGUUCUGUUGUUGUCUGUGUAUACAGUAUAUAUAUAUAUGUAUAUAUAUUUUAAUUUUUUAAUUUAAGAGCUAGCGCUGUUACUAAACUGGGCCCCGGGAGCUGUAGGAAGGCUGCGGGCCCCCCCCCACACACCCCGAGGCCGGCUGAGGGUCAGCAGUGGGAGGAGGAUGAGGGUGGUGGCAGGAGGAAGGUGAGGGCGGUGGCAGAAAGGCAGCCCCCAGGAAGGAGCCGGGCAGGUCCCCAGGGGCUCCCUCCCCCUGACCCCCCCAGGGGUGCAGCAUCCUGGGGGUGCGGGGAGCCCGCCUGCCCUGCCUCCCCCCCCAAGACUCCACCUCCCACUGGGCAAGGUUUUUUUUUGGGGGGGGCAAUGCCAUCUCUCCCCCCUCCCCAAGCCUCCUUGCCCCCCUGUGUGGCUGGGGUCAGGUCAGGGACCCACCACGACCCCGUUGCCUCCCCCUGACCCUGGUCCUCUCCUUGCUGCCCUCAGCACCUCGCCCCCCCAUCCCCUGUGUCCCCCCCCCCAUUCCUGGGGCCUGAUCCUGCCCCAGCUGGGGGCUAGUGCUGACACAGGGGGAGCCCAGCAGCCCCCCAGUGGGGAGCAGGGGCUGGCCCCCGUCCCCUUUCUGCCCCAUCUGCCCCCGGAGCCACCUCGUCCCCAUGUCCUGGGGAGGCUGGGGCGGCCCCGCAUGCUCCAAAGGGCUUUUUUUGGGGGGUGGGGGGGCACAGGGGCUGCUGGCCUUGGCUGAGGACAUCAUGAGGGACACACACGGAGUCACUUUGCCCUGGGAUGAUGACUCCUUCCCCAGUGUCACCUGCAGUGAGGGGGUGCCCUGGGAUGUGCCCCCCUCCUGCAGCAGCCCUGUCUCUGUUCCCCAGCCGGGGGGGGCCUGGGGUUGGCAGGGUCGGGGAGGGGGGUAAGAGGAGAUCUGGGGGGGGUACAGGGAGGGUUUUUGUGCCCACUGCUGAGUUAUGGGGUCUCUGUGCAGCCUUGGGGCCGGGCCAGCUUGCUCUGGGCCAGUUUGGGGGGGUGGGAUAUUGUUGGGGGGGGUACAAGGGGGGAUGCUGGCAGCAGCAGGGGGGGCGCAUGGUGGGCGGCACAGCGGGGAGGCACCGGCCUGUCCCCAGCCCCAGGCUGGGGGGGACAGGGUGGGGGUGGCCUGGGGUGGGGGCUCUCACAGCCCCCGCGCGGCUCCAAGGGGGGCGGCGAGGCCGGGGGGGGGUCCUCUUCUGUUCUCGUUUUUGCAGAAUUGCACAAAGAGAGGUUUCCUUUUUUUUUUUUUUUUAAUUUAAUGAAUUGUAAAGUGUCGUCGUUCCUCCCCCCGCCCCCUUAUUAUUAUUAAUUUUUUUUUUUUAAGAGAUAUUUUGGCUCAGACUUGACCUCUGUCGGGAAAUGAUUCUUGUAACUGUACAAUUUUUUUGCCUCCUAAUGAUAAUAAAUUAACAAUUUUGCGUUGC